UUAAAUGGAUUACAAUUUCAGAUGAAUAUAAUCAUAAGAUGUUAGAAGAGGAUGAUAAUAUGGAAAAAUCAAACACUCUUCGUGUACCACAGAUACCGAUAAGCAGAUUAUCAUCCAAUUCCUCACAUUCAGCUGAAAGUGGUUUUGGAGGAUCAAAUUCGGAUUUAAGUCUUUCAGGAUUCCAAACAGAAAACAAAUACUCGCGGAGACAUUCGUUCAGUGUUACAGGAUUUACUAAUGCUUUUAGUUUUCCUGAAAACGUCCUCUCUGAAACAAUAAUGAAGCGAUCACCUUCAAUGAUAGACAUGAUGAAUUUUGAGGAAAAUAUAAAAAUAUUUAAAGAAGAUAGUACAAUUCCUGAAAAGGAAAUUUCAAUUGAAUAUCUCAGGAAAAUUAUUGAACAAGGAAUCCAACGUAAAAACAAACGGUUAAUAGAAACCGCUCUGUCUUUAGCAUCAGACAAUAAUAUGAAAAUUAUUUGUAGGGAGUUUUGCAAAAAGAAACCACAGGUUUGCUUUGUAAGCCACACUAUAAUGAAAAAAAUUAAACAUAGAGUCAUAACAGAAUUCAGAAAUAAAUGUGAGAUCUUAAGUGUAUGGAUCGGUCGAAAUGUCAAAAAAGCAUCUGGAAUUGACACAAUAGUACUUGUGACAAAAGCUCCUAAACCUUGUGUCAUGAGCAACUACUUCUGGGGCCUUUAUUUAAAGAUUCGAUGUGCCAGUGAAUGCAGCACUGAAGCAUCACAUCUGCUUGUUCAUGAUAUGAAUGAUUUGAAUGGCUCACUUGGGAUUCAAAUCAAAGAUAUUGAAAUAAAUAAACUCCUCAUUUGCCAUAGCAACAUCACUUUGAUAAAAACAUCUAACGUGUGUUCGAUUGGCUUUAAAAGAAAAACACAUCGAAUAGAGUGGGUUCCUUCGAUAGUUAUCUACUGCCACGUUAAAGGUGUGAUUCCCAUAGGAGAAAAUGCAUUUCCGACAAGAAUAGGUGGUCAUCGAGUAGAUGUCCGCGAGGCAGUCUGUGAAUUUUCGGGUCAACCAGCUCAGAUUAGUGAACAGAUAGGAAGUGAGGACAUGAAAACAACUGGCACAUUGGGUGGUUUUGUGACCCUACAAAAUCCAAACCGACAUGCCUUUCUUACUUGUGCUCAUGUUGUUUUACCCAGUGAUGUUCUGAAGAAAGGAAGAGCUAUUGAAUACACAAAAAGAAGAGAUAUCAAAGUUUUAACUAAAAACGCCUGACAAAUCGGAAAUGUUACUAAAG